UUGAGAUUCAGUCAUAAAUCAUGCCGAAAACAUCAAAAAGUGGUGAAAGAAUGAUGGUGUUGAAAGUGAAAGACUUUUGUGAGCGUGAAAAACGUAACGAGGCCCCACAUAUUCCAUUAAGAUGUGUACAAGCUCGGGUCGCCGCCAUUACAGGAAUAUCUGAAAAGACCGUGACGAAAAUGACUAAAGAAGGUAAAGUGGCAGCUUCAACGUCGACUAAACUUAUAUGGAGUGUGUUAAAAAGACGAGUUGCUGAAAAUAACGUUGGCCAAGAAGCUAAUAAAAUAGUGCAAAUUACUGAGGAAGCAUUUGCAACUAUUACUGCAGAGGAAUGGAACAAAGAAUGUGAGCACAUCAUAAAAAUAGAAGACCAAUACUACGGCGACGGCCCAGUAAUAGAUAGCGAAACGGAAAGAUUUAUAAUCGAAGUAGGCGAAGAUACUGAUACUUCUGAUGAUAGCGAUGCUGAAGAUAAUAAUAUGUCAGAUGUAGAUGAACAUAAUUAUUGUAAAAAAUUAUGA